AUGCCAUACUUCCAGGCGCUACUCAGCAAUCUGCAGCCUUCUUCUUUCCACAGAACCGGUAAACUACACUAUCCCACAGAUGUAUGCGGUCCAUUGUUCGAGGAGGAACUUGAAUUUUGGGGUCUAGAUUCGAAUCAAGUCGAACCCUGCUGUUGGUCCACCUAUAGCAUACAUCGUGACACGCAGAAUACCUUAGCCAUUUUAGAUAAGUUAGAUAUUGAAAAUGAGAAACCCUCUGAGGAACAAAUUGCACGUCUAUUCGGUUUCGAAGAAGCGCUCAUCAAUGGACGACUCAGCUGUUGGCAGCGCAUCAAACCGAAAGUGUGGGCACUCUUUGACGAACCCUCCAGCUCAACGGGUGCUAAAAUCGUAGCUAGUAUGUCGGUUUUCUUCAUAUUCGUUUCUGUGAUAUCGUUCUGCCUGAAGACCCAUCCGGGUUUUCGUGUGGAUUUUCCCGCCACUCACACCGACCACGCAGCAAGUCCGUCGGCUGCACCGCAUACGCCACCUGUGAACAUACCAAGUAUACCUCAUCAACAUAAUAUGCCACCGGUGCCGCCGAGCGCGCAUAUAGCCAGCACAAUAACGGCGGCACCGGGUACACACAGCAGCGCUGUGGGGAGCAUGGGAUUGUCGAAACAGCAUGGUAGCGUGGCUGGCGUCGGCGGCGACGUUUCAAAUGCAUUGGGCAACAAUCAAACGCUCGCGUUUACUUUGAAAGUGACAAACUACACGAUCCCGGGGAAUAUCAACAACACAAGUCAACCGAUAGCCACAUUCUCGCUUAAAGGCGGCACCUCGAAGCGCCAUCGCCUGAAACGUUCGAUACUAAGCGGUAAUGUAAAGGACUUGAUUGAGCGUAAGUUGCUCGGCGCUGUCGAUCAUCAUGGUCACGGUUGGCAUGAGUCAUACGGGCAGCCGCAUGAGGCAUUCUUCUAUGUGGAAUUGGUGUGUAAUGUGUGGUUCUUCAUCGAAGUGCUCAUUAGGUUGAUUGUUUCGCCAAAUAUUUGGCAAUUUAUUAAAUCACCGGUGAAUAUAAUCGACUUCACCGCCACGCUCAGCUUCUACACGGAUGUCAUGCAACGCAUGGGCGAGUACACGGGUCUGCUGGAAGCCUUCUCGAUAGUACGUAUUAUGCGUCUCUUUAAGUUGACGCGUCAUUCGCCUGGACUGCGUAUUCUAAUACACACAUUCAAAGCUUCGGCUAAGGAACUAACGCUGCUUGUGUUCUUCCUGGUGCUCGGCAUUGUGUUCUUCGCCAGUUUAGCCUACUAUGCGGAGAAGUUGCAGGACAAUCCCGAAAAUCAAUUUAAAAGCAUCCCGCUCGGCCUGUGGUGGGCAAUUGUCACCAUGACCACUGUCGGUUAUGGUGAUGUAGCGCCGAAAACUUAUCCAGGCAUGUUUGUUGGAGCGCUGUGCGCUCUUGCUGGUGUACUGACGAUAGCAUUGCCGGUGCCGGUCAUCGUUAGCAACUUCUCCAUGUUUUACUCACACACGCAGGCACGUUCAAAGUUACCAAAGAAGCGUAGGCGUGUGCUGCCCGUCGAACAGCCGCGUCGCAAACGUGAACAGGGCCCACCAACACGUGGCCGUGCGAAUGCCAUCAAACAGACAACUUCACUGCCACAUGGCCACCAUGGCGGACACGGUGGGCAUUUGUUGAGCGUCACCAGUAUGCAUACGCAUGCGCCACCAGUAGCGGCGACGUCGACGACGAUGUUCAAGGAUACCUUUGGCAGCGCCAAAAUCGCUGACUACUUGAGCGUGCCGCCUGUGCAGAGUUUACAGCCGCGCGCUGCCACCACAGGACAUGAUUUUAUGCUGCCACUGCAACCUAAACUGCUAGCUGCCUUAGAACACAAAGACCAUCAUUCUAUACAGUUGGCGCCACAACACUUGCCUGGCGCCGAUGGAAAUCACAACGGUGUUCAAUCACAUCACUCCCCAACGCCCUACCACAUUACUGGCGCCCAUUAUUGUGGUGGCAGCAGCGCAGACAACAUCAGUGGCAGUCACGCGGCUAGUCGGUCAGCGUUAAAUGUGCCGCCCACAAUCAGCGUGGCCUCGGCGCAAAUGCCACCUGGCGUACGCACACCUAACCUCAAUAUACGUGCUGCGCAAAUUUUGGCCGCACAGCAAAUGCGUGAAGCAGCAGCCGCCGCCGCUGGUCAUCAUGGGAGCGCGCACCACGCCGGCAGCUGUAAUAUAACGAUUGCGGUCAACGAUGGUAGCUGUAGUGGUGCAGCGCUGGACAUGGAGAAACCGUACAUGGAAAACCAACAACAUCAACAAACACAAUGUUCACCACAAUGUGCGCAAAGCCCAAGGCAACAGCAGCAGCAACAACAACAGCAGACACAACAUCAGCAUCAGCACCAGCACCAGCACCAGCAAGCACACCAUCGCCCACCGCCAAAAGUGACGCUGCUCGACGAUGGCUGCAGCAGUGAUUAUGCGAAUGCGACUGAUGAGGGGGAGGAUGACUACGAAAGUCGUAAUGGCAGUGUUAAUGAGUAUACAAAUGGUAAUGGAGAUGGUGAUGAUGGCAGCGACUGCGGCGGGAACGGCAGCGGCAGCGGCGGUGGUUGUGGUGGUAUUUACGGCACCGAUUUGCGCUGAUUGCGGGACAUCGGUUGGAAAUUUCCAUUCUGAGUGGAUGUGAAUUUCGAGUGCGCUGAAGUGAAGUGGACCAAAAACAAAAACAAAAAAAAAAAAAAAAAAAAAAA